AUGACGCUGGGCAACAUCACUGAUGAAGUGUCCAGGCUGCACGGGAAGUUGUACAUUGUAGUACUGCCUGAUUUUUUUUUUGUUUGUUUUGUUUUGUAUUUAUGUAGCUAUUUUGAGAACCUGCCUGUAUAUCUGCGUUGUUUCACUGUUGGUUGGGUCUACACACGAAUCCUGUCACGAGGAGUGGAGGUUUUGCAGAGGCUACGCAUGUACAAGGAAGCAGUAGAAGAGCUUCGUAACUUACUCUCUCAAUCUACAUACUGCCCCGAUAGCAGAGGGAGAUGGUGGGAUCGCCUGGCUCUUAAUUUACAGCAACAUCUUAAAUGUAUUGAUCAGGCUAUACAUUGCAUUAAAGAAGGUCUGUCUGAUCCACUGGUUCGGACAGGACAUCGACUGUCCCUCUUCCAGCGUGCUGCCAGAAUGAAAGAAUCACCAAGCUGUAAAAAGCACUGGAAACUUCUCCAGGAUGUCCCAUCUAUGGAUGUGCAAGAUGUCUCGCAUGUGACCAUUCGAGGAAAGAUGUGUCCACAGACGGGGAUGGGAAAAUCAGUGUUCUUGAUGGAGGACAUUGUCCAGUCGCAAGGACAAAAUGAAAACCCCUCCACCUCAUCAGAGACUGUCAUGUGUUCAGUAGAAGAGCUGGCGUUGGCUCAUUACCGACAGCAAGGUUUUGAUCAAGGGAUUCAUGGUGAAGGAUCAACAUUCUCCACACUGUUUGGCCUCCUCAUGUGGGAUAUUAUUUUUAUGGGUGGCAUUGAAGAUGUUUUCAGAAACACAUAUCAGGUUUGCCCCUUGGAUUUGCACACAGACAGUUUCUAUGAGAACAGGAAGACCCCAAUAGAAGAGAGGCUAGAUCUACUGCAGGAGGCUAGUGUGGAGACCCUACAGAUGCUCGUGGCUGAGACCUGGAACUCCCAGCAGGGGAAAAUAAACCCACUGGUCAACUGGGAACGCUUUGUAUCCCUUGAGCAAGCACAGAGUUUAGCGGUUUGCCUUGGAGGAGUCUUCUUAAGUGGGCUGAUCAGAAGACUUUGCAAGGACUACAGGCACUGCAGAGGGGGGCUUCCUGACUUGGUUGUGUGGGAAACACAAACCCUGAAGUACAAAUUAGUUGAAGUCAAGGGGCCCAGUGAUCGACUGUCACACAAGCAGAUGAUCUGGUUGGAUGAGCUGCAUAAAUUGGGAGCAGAAGUGGAGGUGUGCCAUGUUACUGCUAUUGGAGCAAGGAGUCUACGUGUAAGCUAAGGACUGUAAACCUCUUCCAUUCAUGUGAUUUUUAUAUAAUAAAUUAUGAAAUGAA